UUCCGUUUAUUUCCGCGCUUGGUGACGAAACUGCGUCAAAAUGGCGGACAAGGUGCUUUGUGAUUGUUUAUAAAUUUAAAGAUUGUGGUGCAAGAAAUGGUUAUACUUUAAAACUAUGCACAAUGGCAUCCAAAGUUGUUAAAGUUGAACAAGUUCAUGGCUUACAUGGUGGUAGAAAGGACAAACAUAACCCUUUUGAUAGAUCAAAAACAAACCAAACAGCUUCCACAGAACUUUUAGCUUAUGGAACUGACUCAUCAGUUCUGCCAUUGAGUAGACAAGAUGAAGACUCAUUUGAAGUUGAGGUUGGCGACGAAGCACAAGAUAAACUGUAUCCAUUGCCUGAAAAUUGGCCAAAACUUCCACAGAUAUUUCGAAGACGUAGCUGUGAAUUGACUACAACAACUGCACCAUGUGUCAACAAAGCUGUGUCACAUUUAGAACUUCUACAGAAUGUUAUAGAAGAUUGGAGUCAAGAAAAGGAAGAAGAAAUCAAAAGCAGACAGGCCACAGCUAGAACAUCAAGAAAGGAUGUCCGGUUCACAGAGACUAGGGAAAGUUCUAGGGGUGGUCUUGUCAGCGCAAGCUCCAACAGUUCUUCUCAGCGCUCCCAGCCGUUGUCUAUACAGGGUCUUGGAUUUAAGGAGGAAACUAAAGAGAUUCCAGUAGACAUGUCAGUCCCAUACCUUGGUGCAGAGCAAGCAGUAGAGGAAGUUUUAACUUUGUUGGCACGUCUAGAGAAUGACCGACAGGAGACAGAAAAUGCCCUGACAAGGGAGAAGGAACGUGUGAUCCGUCUUGGUGCUAAAAUAGACUUUCAUUGUCAACGUAGGAUGAAAGAAUUACCAGUUGUUGUUCAGAAAGAGCAUGAAGAAUGUAUAAUGGAUAUAAAUGAGUUACAAUGGCAUGUGGCAUACAGCAGUAGGAAUGAAGCCCGGAUCCAAGAUAGGGUCGAUAUAGCUGAAGUCUUGAACAAACGACUAAAAGAGGAUAUUGAAUUUGUAAAGAAACAUAUACCACUUGUUGAGGAAAAGCUAGAACUAGAACUGGAGGCUAUGACAAAAAUACGAAAUGCACAAAGAGAUACAAACCAGGAACUGGACAAUACAAAGAACAGACAAGAGAAAACUGAAGCCAAGAGUAAUGAAGCUACAAACAAAGCAGAGAAGGAACGGGGACAUAUCAAGAAAGAGCUGGACUUUGUGAGAGAAGCCCUGUCAGCUAUCAAUGAAGAAUUGUCAGAAGCAAAGAUGACAUUCAAUGCCUACAACCAUCAGAUUAAUGAUAUUACACAACAAUUAAAGGACAAUGAACAAGAACUAAAAGUUCUGGAAGUCAAAACUGAGAAUGCCAAAGUUGCUGUUGAAAUGCAAGAGGCUAAGGUUAAAGAUGUUGGCAAUAAAAUUGAGGAAUCCGAGUUUGAGCAUGCUAGACUUGAUUCUGAGAAUGCUAAACUGGCAUCAGAUCUGAAAGUAAAGAAACAGCACUAUGGUGAGGUGAUUGGUGAACUAGAGAAUGCUGUUAAGAAGCGGGACAGUAGACUUCGUCAAGUUGGUUUAAAAAAUCAAGAAGUUAAAAUGGAAGUGCAGGAUUAUAUGGACAAAAAAAAUGAAUGUCAACGUAUAAAAGACAGUGAUGAGAAGAAUAUACGACGUAUUCAUAAAGAAAUGGAUAAGAUAAAACAACAACUUGAUAUCACAAUGGAAGAGUAUAACCGUGUGGCAGUCAUCAAUACCACAAUUAGAGAUCAGCUGGUGGCCGAGCAAGACAAGACACACAGGAUGGAAGAAAGUCUAAAGGUGACAGCAGACACAUUACGAAGGCAGGUGAAAGAUGAAGUACACACCAAAUCUGUUCUCUCCGCCAGGAUAAGCUCGGAUACAGAAGAUUUGAAAAAAUCUAGAGGUGAUAUCAGGGAGAAAAAGAACAAGGCUGCUAAGGUAGCAGAUGAUGUUGUGACGGCAGUGAAGAAUGUCAAAGAAAAGGUUGAGAAACUACGAUCAGCCAAGGAAAACAAAACAAGGCAAAAGCGAGAUCUGUCAGCUCGUAGAGUAGAGACUAUAAAACAGAUGGAGGAAUCAGAGAAAAGAUUUGAUGAGAGAAUUAAACAGAUACAACCUCAUCAUGCUCAUUUAAAGGAGGAUCUGUUGAAAGUAAGUCGAAGAUUAGACCAUAUGGAAUGGAAAGCCGACAUGAUGAAAAACAAAAUGGACGACAUGGAUAAAUCACAAGGCAUGAUGGAUAGACUUGUCGGAAAUACCACAAAAGCCCUCGAAACAUUGAAUGAUCAAAUAGAGGAGCUAGAGUUACAGAUAGAAGCUGCUCAGAAAAUUGAAGAUGAUCUGAAGGGACAGUUUUCAGACAUUCAGCUUCGAGUGCGAAACAAUGAGUCAAGUCACAGGAAAUUUUUAGAGAGCAGAAAAGUAGUUCUUAGGGAAUUAGAGGAGGAAAAGAAUAAAGCCAUUAAUGCAAAUCAAGAACUUGCGUCACGUUACAGAACUUUACAGAAUAAUCAUAUGGAGGUGAAAGAUAAAUUGAUGAAUAAUUUUGAGGAUAGAGUCAAGAUGGAAAAUGCUAUCAAGGAUGUCAGAGAACUACAAGCCUUACAGAUUAGAAUGCAUGGUGCUAUGAUGGAGUAUUACAAAUAUCGCGGUUUGUAUAAUUCUGCCGAACUUUCCCGCAUGGAGGACUUGUCCAUUAAGAACAGCGAGAAAGUUAUUGAGUUACAGGACAGUAUGGACAAAGCUUUAAGAAACAUUUCAGACUUUUUACAAACUCAAAUGACCGGAGAGGCGAUCAAGAAAACGGCAUGGGAUAAUGUUCAGAAACAACAAAAACGUGCGGCGGCCAAACAAGCGCGGAAAGAUAUUAAAAUGAGGACAUCAAGUACAAUACAAGUUGCUUCAUGAAAAAAAUGAUUGCAAUAAAAAGAUGAUUUAGAAACAGUGUGUCAUAUGUAUUGAUUUACAGCUGCAUUUGUUAUUAGUAAAACAAAGUAUUUAGUUAGAGUCAAAUAAUUGUUGUUUUUUGUUGUUAAUAUUUUUUGUUUUCAUAUCAUAUCAUUUAAAUGAUUCUUUUGUUUAAGGCAUGGAAAAAUACACAUGAGAUUUGGUAUGUGUACAUUUUAGUACAUGAGAAAUAAUUAUUAUUGAUUUUGUUUGGAAAUUUUAUCAAGCACACGAGACACAUUGAUUUGUUUUGCCAAAAUCAUUAAAAAUCAUCAAGGAAGGACCACAUUGUAUCCUUGUUUCUUUUAAAACUCUUAUAUUUUAUUAUAAUAAAAUAAAACUAUGGUGGCAUAUUUCUGCCACCAGAUAACCAUAUAAAUUAUAACUAACUAGUUAAUUAAGAGGUUAACUAGUUACGUAACAAAUAAAUUAAUCUUACAGAUGAUAAAAUCACUAACUGUUACCAUGUUAUAACAAACCCGUUUAACAUGGUUUUAAAUUUGUAUUUUUAUUGAUUUUAAAUUGAAAAAGCUGUGAUAAUAAUGUAUACCAACCUAGUGCUUUAAGUUUUGUCAUUAUACAUGUAAUUAUAUGAUUUCUCGAACCUGUGAUAUUAUUUUAAACAUUCUAGUUUUAUUACUUUACUACUUUUUAGUUUGUUCUUGCAUUGUCUAAAAUCUUUGACAUCAUAUGUUUGUGAAACAAGCAUUAUUUUAAGACAGAAUAUUUUCAAAAAGUUGUUUUAGGUUGUGAAUGGCUAUUUAUGUUUACUUUUUGUAUGCCAAGCCAGGUUUUAUGUAAAUAAUUAAGAUGUGCUGAUUAAAAGUUUUGGUAACAACAUUUCAAUGUGACAGUAUUAAUAAAGUAUAAUAUUGUCUAAGAACUACAUUGUAACAAUUUAUUCAAUGUGACAUUGUUCUAAGUGACAUAAUUCUGUGUGACAUAAUUACAUGUUACAUUAUUAAAUGUGACAUGAAUCAGUCAGAUAUUUUUCAUAUGUAACAUAAUUCUGGGCGGCAUUAUUUCAUGUAACAAGGUUCAUUUGACAUUAUUCAGUGUAACAUGACAGAGUGUGACAUUAUUUCAUGUAACAUGAUUCAGUUUGACAGUAUUGUAUGUAACAUGAAAUUGUGUGGCAUUGCUGUAUGAAACAUAAUUAAAUGUGAAAUCACUAUUUAUUGUAACAUGACUUAAUGUGAAAUUGUUACAUGUAACAUAAUGCAAUGAGACAUGAUAGGUUGUAUGAUCCAGUGUUAUAAUUAUAUGUAACAUGAUUCCAUAAACCAGUUUCUAAUUUUUCAUGUCACAGUUUAUAAAGCAUUUUGCACAUUGAAUUUUCACGGUAGGCAUAAUUAUGUAUAAAAGAAAAAAAGAGUUAAGAUGGUAAUAAUUAUGAACAAGUAGAAGUAAACCAUUCUUUUUAUCACUUUCUAAAUAUCACCCUCUUAAGUUGUUUUACUUCCUAUCUCAAACUAAAGAAUCCACAGUUUUUUUUUACUCCCUUUCUCAAAUGAUAGAAUCCACUAUUAUGUUUGAUUGAUUAUAAAACUGUACUUUUUUAUUAUUGACCUUGUCAUCAUCACUGAAUCUUUUAAAUUCUGAAGAAAAGAAAUUUGAAAUCAUAAAAGUCAUAUAAAAUUGCUGGAUACAAAAUCUACUUGCACUGGUACAAGGAAAGUCAAGGAAGGCAAAAAUAUUUUUUUCUUUUGAUCCCGUUGCAUGCUGGGUAAAAUAUUGUCGUCUGCCAAAAA